AUGCUAACUCAGUUUUGGAAAUUGCUGUCUAAUGGUUGGGGUCGUGUUCUCGAAAUUAAAGAAUUGUGCAAGAGUAUAUCAAUCAUCUUGAUUGAUCAAGUAAAAACAUUAAACCAGUUCAGAAGGCCCAGAACAGAUCAAAAGCGAUUCUCAGUGCCUAUUUCUUUGGGCUCCAGCUCGAAGUGUAACUCCAACCAAUCAGAGACGGGAUCCAAAUGGAGGAAGGGAGUGUGGACUAAACGGCUGUCGUUUUGA